UAUAAAACUAAAAACUAUUGUGUCAACCCAGGGAUCCGCAGGUACUGCUGCUAUGCGGCCCGACUCCAGGCGACUGACGCCGUCUGGUGGUGCUUGGAGUCUUCCAUCGCAAGUUGCAGCGUCCAGCGGGAGUAGCCAUGAUCAUAGGUACAGGUACCUUGCUGCGAAUUGUACGUACUUGGUUGUAUACAAACUUGAAUGCGCAGAUCAGAAAGGCAUUGUCCGGUGAGCCAGCAUUCAGCUACAAACAUUCGGAGUUCCUAGGUUCCCCUUUUAAACCCCUCCACAUCCUAUCCAAGCCAACCCCUCCCCCUCAAAACAUGGCCACGGCAGUGAAGAAGCUCUUGCACCCGCAUCGCUCGCGCGACGAGGAAAAGUCCGGCCAUGAUAAUCAAUCCAGUGGACACGACCGCCAGGAUUCGGCUUCGGAACGCGCCCGCGAGGAGGAGAAGCAGAACCUUCUGCAGUGGGAGGAGCAGAAGCAGCCAUUGGAGCCCGGCCAGAUAGACGACGCCAACCAUAAGACGAUCGGCCAGUCGUCCAACGUACUGCGCCAGCAGGAUUUCGAGUUGAUCAAAACCUUGGGCACCGGCACAUUCGCGCGCGUAUGGCUCGUACGCCUCAAGGACACCAACAAUGGGAAUGAAAACACCGUGUUUGCACUCAAGAUCCUGCGUAAAACAGACGUCAUCCGUCUCAAGCAAGUCGAACACGUACGGAACGAGCGCAAUGUACUUGCUGGUGUCGCGGGACAUCCCUUCAUAACCACCUUGGUUGCGAGUUUCCAGGACCGCGACUCGCUAUACAUGCUACUGGACUAUUGUCCCGGUGGAGAAGUCUUCAGCUAUCUUCGCAGGGCGCGUCGAUUCAACGAAGCCACUUCUCAGUUCUAUGCCGCUGAGAUCGUCUUGAUACUCGAAUUUCUGCACGAACGGGAAGGCGUGGCAUAUCGAGACCUGAAACCCGAGAAUAUAUUGAUUGAUGCUGAAGGCCACCUCAAGUUGGUGGAUUUUGGAUUCGCGAAAAAAGUGGAAAAUAGGGAAACGUACACUUUAUGCGGAACACCCGAAUACCUAGCACCAGAAGUGAUUAGGAACACAGGCCAUGGUACUGCGGUCGAUUGGUGGGCCUUUGGUAUCCUGGUAUAUGAGUUCCUUGUUGGACAGCCACCAUUCUGGGAUCAGAAUCCUAUGAAGAUUUAUGAGCAGAUUGUCGAAGGUCGCGUCCGAUUCCCCUCUGCUAUGUCCUCCAACGCCCGCGAUUUGAUAUCAGGUCUUUGUACCGUGGAUACUUCGAAACGUCUAGGCAACAUAUCAGGUGGUGCAGGCGCAGUCAAAGCACACCCAUGGUUCCAAGACAUCGAUUGGGACUCGCUGUACUACCGUAAGGUCAACGGUCCGAUCGUACCACAUUUGCGUGGACCAGCCGACACGCGCAAUUUCGACGAGUACGAGCCGGAGUCAGCAGAAAGAGAGCCGUAUACGCAAGAUAUGAGCAAUAAGUGGGAUGAAUACUUCAAGGACUUCUAA